CGAACUUUGAUUUGUAUCCAAAACAGCAUCAAUUAUAAUAAAAAUAAUGAAAAAUAGUUUGAGUGCAUUCGGCAACUCUCCCCUUUAACAAACUUUAAAAUUUUAAAUUCAACAAUUUGUCGCAGUAUUUCGUUACACAUUGUAGCAAAUCUAAGAAAUAUUAAUUUUUUUUUUGCUAUACACAAUACGUACGAUGUUAUGUUAAAUCGCUAUACCGCUAUCGGCAUAGUCGGCCCUGCUUUUCGUGAUGCGCAGUGCUCAGAAGAACGACACCGACAUCCGGACUCUGUUUAUAAGCUAGAUAAUGCGACUGCACACAAGAUUUAUUUACUGUAGCAUACGAAAGUUUUUAUUGUGCGUGCAGUAUCUCAGGUUGCAGCACAAAUAAAUAUCUUUAAUACAAGAAACUUGUAAAGAUAAAAUGUCACAUUGGGUUACUAUAUUAGGCCAUCAUAUUAUUUCUCGUUCAAUUGCAGCAGCAAAUGCAAUUAUGCUGUCACGCAUUAUUGACUUCACAAAUCUUAUUCAGCUUACAAUACUGCGUUAAAUAAUCAAUAAUUUUGUGAUAUAAAACAUAUUUGUUAUGUAGUUCGCGUUUUGAGUUACUUCGCUACGUGUAUAAAUAUUAAAUGGCAUUUUUAUCAUAUGGUCAUUCUCAGAAAAGGUGACUGUUAAAAAUGUCUCAUCAAGCUAACAGGACUCGUAUCACCGAAGCAGAUGAUCAUGUGCCCAUCUUAGCGCCCACUGCCGAUAUCUCACCACGAUUAAAAACCUUGGCCGCUCAUUUCACCUCUAAAUACAAAGUAGAACCUUCCUUUUAUGUUCGAGUACCAGGAAGAGUGAAUCUGAUAGGCGAGCACAUCGAUUACUGUGGAUAUUCGGUUUGCCCAAUGGCCAUUGAACAGCAUAUUCUUGUCGCGGUGACAUUAUCAAAAAAUAAUGAAAUUUGUCUUACCAACGUAGAUCCUAAGUACGAGGAUUUUCAAUGCAAUUUCGAGAAUACAGGGUCUUGUAUAAGUGAUAGCGAGAGUGGACCGGUGUGGUAUAAAUAUUUUCUUUGCGGUGUAAAAGGUGCACUAGAGGUAAUUCCAGCGGAGUCUGUUCCAACGGGUAUUCUAGUUGCGGUAUGGGGAAAUAUUCUCCCUAAUUCUGGCCUUUCCAGUUCCAGUGCACUGGUCUCGGCCGCUCUUCUUUCGGUCAUACAUGCUAGUCAGUGUCAAUUAUCAAAACAUGAGUUAGCAUCUGUCAGUGCUCGAGCAGAAAGACAUAUCGGUACUCAAGGUGGCGGAAUGGACCAGGCCAUCGCUUUUCUUGGAAAAGCAGGUUCUGCUAAGCUGAUCGAGUUUAACCCUCUGCGCGCGACAGAUGUAACGUUGCCCGAAAACGCAGUGUUUGUAAUAGCGCAUAGUCAAGCGUAUCACAACAAAGCCUCCACCGCCGAUUUCAAUCUAAGAGUUGCAGAAUGCCGAUUAGCUGCACAGAUUAUAGCGAAGAAAAAAAAUAUAGAUUGGAAACAUGUUCAAAGAUUAAUCGACAUUCAAGAGAGGCUCACCUCAGACUUGGACGAGAUGGUUACUAUAGUAAUGACAGAACUGCACAAAGAGCCAUACACUCUUGAUGAGAUCUGUGAGUGCCUUGGUACGGAUUACGAACAAUUGAAGAAAACGUCUCUUGUCAGUUGCUUUAAUAUCUCGCAAACGUUUAAGCUGCAGCAGCGGGCUCAACAUGUUUUUCAAGAGGCCGGCAGAGUACUUGCGUUCCGCCGUAUAAACGAGGAAGGCAGCAUAAUGGAACACGAAAAACUCCAACAUCUAGGCAACCUGAUGUCGAAGAGCCAUUCUAGUCUCCAUAAAUUAUAUGAGUGCAGUCAUCCUAAUAUGGAUGCACUCGUUGAAAAAGCCAUGCUUUGCGGUGCAUUCGGCGCUCGACUCACAGGAGCUGGUUGGGGCGGUUGCAUCGUGGCUAUCAUCAAUAAAAACGGAGUUCAGCAAUUUGUUGAAGCUCUCCGGGCAUAUCUUUGUCAAAAUAGUACGAAAAAUCAAGCGGAACUUGAAGAUAUGGUGUUUCCGACGUCGCCAAACCAAGGGGCUAUUAUUUACACAAUGCCAAUAGUAGGAGAGGGCGAGAUAAGACAAGAGAAUUUCUCUUGCUCGUCAGAUGAGGUAAAACAGGAUAUCCCUGCGGGCGAGAUAUACCUAUAGGUAUCCUACAUAGCACAUAAUAUUGCAGCGACAACAACAAUAUUACUUUUUUAUUGCAAUAUUACGGUGAAAUAUAGCAAAAAUAUCACUGAAAUAUUACUGUGAUAUUACAGUAACAUCAAAAUGUCCGCAAAAACGCAUCACAGUAAUAUUAAUGUGAUAUUAUACAAUAUUUCUGUAAUGUUUACGUGAUAUUUAUAUAAUAUUGCAAAGAAUUAAAUAAAUAAACUUUAA